AUGUACUUCUUCCUCUUCAACCUGUCCUUUGUAGACAUCUGUUUCAGCACCACUAUAGUCCCCAAGAUGCUGGUGAACAUCCAGACAGAGAGCAAAGCCAUCACCUAUGCAGCCUGCCUCACUCAGGUAUAUUUUUUCAUGGUUUUUCUAUGUAUGGACAAUUUCCUGCUAAUGGUGAUGGCUUAUGACCACCAUGUGGCCAUCUGCCAUCCUCUGUAUUACGUGGUCAUCAUGAACCCCCACCUCUGUGGCCUGCUGCUUCCUCUCUCCUACCUGUCCGUUGUUUUCUUAUUCUAUGGGACUUAUGUUGAAGUCUACCUUAGCUCAGCAGCUUCUCUUUCCUCCAGGAGGAGAGCAGUAGCCUCAGUAAUGUACACGGUGGUCACUCCCAUGAUUAACCCCUUCAUCUACAGCCUACGGAACAGGGACAUGAAGUGA